AUGAUAACUUCUAGGAUAAUCACCACUACUGUUUUAUUAUGGAGUGGCUUUCUCAAGGUAAUUACACAGACCUUUCAAUAAAAGCUGGUUACCAGUCAUCUGCAACUGCCUAUAAGACCUCUUACUACUGUCUGUUUAGCCUGGAAGCAGGCUCUUUAGUUUGGGUUCUGCCUUUAUGGAUCCUAUUCAGAGCACAGUAGCCUUAAUUACACCAUCAGCAGCUGUUAUGGAAAUAUUCAUUUAGUUCCUGAAUAAUACACCCAGCUGGGAAAUGCUGGUGCAGAAGAGAAAGAAGGUCACUGUAGAAGUUAUUUCUGUGUUCCUCUUUGCAGUUCUCACCUCCUUUAUCAGCUAUGAUGAAAAACUUCACAGGAUCUUUAAGGAUCUUUGAAAAUGAAAGAUCCUUGAAGAUCUUGGCCAAAAAAUUAAGGAUCCUUGAAGAUCUUAACAAUAAUUUUAAAGAUCCAUAGAGACUUUUCAAAGAUCAUUAUGAAGAUCCUCUGUAAGAUCCCAAAAGGUCCUCAUGAAGAUCUUUCAGGAUCCUUAAAGAUCUUUCUAAGAUUUUCAUCUUGGCAAACCUGUUUAGUUGCCUUUCACACAACUCAAAGAAUAUUUAACCUCUUAGUUGUUCAGGUGAUUAUUACAAAAAAUUCUUGCAACAGUCAAUACAUUAUACCAAAGUGCUUAAGCUUUAGUUUCAAAAUGGCAGUUAUAUAGCUUUUUACUGCCUCAGAAGAAUAAAGAACAGAUAAGAUGAACAUCAUUUCUAUCUAUUACCAGUGAACAAACACACUUAAAGAACAGCAUUUGUACUGACAGAGGCUCAGUGAAUCAUUUUUGUUAAACCAUCCCCUCAACUUUGUCUAUAUCAGACAAUGACAUUAAUGUUAAGACAAAGGCAUGAAACAAUGUUACUUGCAUGAACAUUAUGCAAUAUUACAUGAGGGGUUUCCAAUAUUAGUAAUUAUUAAUAUUAGGGUUGGUAUAUCUACCUUCAAAGAUUUGUUAAAUUUCUAAAUUUUUUUAGGGUUAUGAUAGUUCCUGUUUAUCCACCUCAUGUCUGAAUGGUGGUACUUGUGUUACAACAGCUAGUGGACAGCAGGUGUGUCACUGUGCAGCAGGAUUUACGGGAAGAAGCUGCGCAACUGACACAAAUGAAUGUGUUGCACAUCCAUGUCAUAACAAUGGGACAUGUAUUGAUCAGGUACUUGAAAUCUAGAAUUCUCUACUGUCUUUCAUGUUGUAAGGCCCAUUCCUGGAAUUUCUGAUCUAUAUCAGAAGAUGUGAGUCAUACAGUGGCCUAAUUAUUAGUAAACUGUACUAUAUGGGUGAGAGGUCGAGUUCAAGUCCUGGCCUGGUCAUUGUUUGGGUUCUUGGACAAGACACUUACAUGUACCUCCUGUAGUGCCUCUCUUUAUUCAGGAAUAGGUAUGGGUAAUGACUAAUUGUCUGGGAUUAGCAUGAAGAAUUGUAAGCGGGUAACAUGCAAACUACAGUGUACAUGUAGCAUCUCAUCCAGGGUGGAAGCAACACUCCUAGUGGCUUCACUUCACUUAUACCUUUUCUUUAACAGCAGAAGCAGUAGUUGAAACUUAGUAGACCCUACUACUCAUUCCCCUAACAAUUUGUCAGUUUUUCUCGACAGCUUGCUACAGUGCUAUGAUUUAUAUCUCAAAGCCAAAGAUAAAAACAGUGAAAGUUCUAGUGAAAAGUGUUGCUCAAGAUUGCAAUACAGGUCACUAAACCUAAAGCUUAAUUGUUGGUCAACUUAAUUUUAAAGCCAAAUCCAGUAUACUGGCUACCUGUUAGACCAUUGUUUAUCCUCAACUGCUGGUUCUACCAGUAGAGAAGGGGAAGGAAAGUAGUCAAGCCAUGUAGAAGUUAAUAUCUUAUGGAGCAUAGAACUAAGAAUGGCUAAUGAUAUUAUUUUUCUUAAUUUUUAGGUCAAUUCAUUUCAAUGUGAAUGCCGUAAGGGAUUUACUGGAAUUAUCUGCCAGACAAACAUUGAUGACUGUCAAGGCAAUCUAUGUAAGAAUGGGGCAACAUGCCAAGAUCUUGUUGCUGAUUUUCGCUGUCACUGUCAGCCUGGAUUUGGGGGAAGGUUUUGCGAGAUUGACAUUGAUGACUGUGCAGAGUUACCUUGUCACCACAGUAGUACAUGUAUUGAUGGAGUGAAUGGGUUCUCUUGUUCGUGCCUUCCAGGAUACACAGGAGUUCUUUGUGACAUAAAUUUCAAUGACUGUGGUAGUAAUCCUUGCCAGAAUGGAGGAAUAUGUGCAGAUGGAGUGAAUGAUUAUCUUUGUGUGUGUAAGACUGGUUUCUCAGGAAAGAACUGUGAGAGGGACAUAGAUGAUUGUGAGCAAGCACCUUGUAAAAAUGGAGGUGAGUUGAUUUUGUGGUUCAUACCACAGUUUGAGAUAUUGCCCUAAUUAAGAACUCUACCAGUUUACCCUCUGUUCCAAAGAUAUUUUAAGCUAAGGAAUGAGCACAAUCCAUACAUUGCUGACACUGGUCAGAAGUGCUAAUGGUAAAGCAAAGGUACAGUUAUGUGAACCGUCAUCUGAAAUUCAAAAUGAUUUGAUACUGCAUUCCAUGAAAAAAGCCUGACUGAAUGAACCUUUAUAAUGGUUUAAAACCUGUCUAUUGUGAAUCACCAUAAAAUUUCAGCUUUUUUUUUUUGGGAUGACUGGGGGUCCCAUUUGUGUCUAAGUUGUAACCUUAAUUAAUGCUACAUUUUUUGCCACUAGGAACCUGUCACGAUCAAGUGAAUGAUUUUUUGUGUGACUGUGCAGUGGGCUUCAAAGGAGGAAACUGUGAAGUAAACAUUGAUGACUGCUUAUCUGCACCAUGUGACAAUAAUGCUACAUGUGUUGACUUAGUCAAUGGAUUUUCUUGCAAUUGCAUGAGUGGAUUUACUGGACUAAAAUGUGAGAUAGAUAUUGAUGAAUGCAGAGACCACAUGUGUAUGCACAACUCAGCUUGUGUUGAUGGAAUAAACUCAUACAAGUGCAUCUGUAAGCCUGGUUUCACAGGACAGUUCUGUGAAGUUGACAUUGAUGACUGCAUUCAGCAGCCAUGUAAGAAUCAAGGUGUGUGUAUAGAUGCAGUGGAUGACUUCAGAUGUGUAUGUCAGACUGGUUUUACAGGAAAGGAUUGUGUGGUUAACAUUGAUGACUGUGCAAAUAAUCCUUGUCAUCACAAUGCCACAUGUCUAGAUCUUGUCAACGGUUACAUCUGCACUUGUCCAACAGGUUAUACGGGUAAAGACUGUCAUGUGGUCAUUAACAACUGUGCUAAUCCACUUUGUUUGAAUGGUGGAACAUGCAUCAACAGGCCUGAUGGACAAGGAUAUGACUGUAUUUGUCGCAACGGAUUCAUAGAUCCAACUUGUUCAUUAAAUAUGGAUGACUGCUCUCCUAAUCCUUGUCAGAGUGGGGAUUGCAUUGAUUUGAUUGACAAUUUUAUGUGCAACUGUUCAGGGGGAAUCAUAGGAAGAACUUGUGCUGGUUCAGUCAAUGCAUGUAAUGCAUUCUUUUGUCGCAAUGGGGGUACAUGCAUCUCUAAUAAUUCUUCAUUACAUUGCGUUUGUCCAGAGGGUUUCACAAGCAAACAUUGUGAAGUGGAUAUCAACCACUGUCAUUCACACAACUGUCAAAAUAAUGCCACUUGUGUAGAUGGUGUCAAAAAUUAUACUUGUCUUUGUGCCAAGGGAUAUGCUGGUCAUUACUGUGAAAUAGAUCUUGAUGAAUGUGAAGCUAAUCAAUGCAGCAAUGGAGCAACUUGUGUGGAUUUGAUAAAUGACUUUAAGUGCCUGUGUGCUCCAGGUUUCCAAGGGCGGACAUGCGCUGUAGACAUCAAUGAGUGUUAUUCAUUUCCUUGUUACCAUGAUGCAUUAUGCACUGAUUUGGUCGAUGGCUUUAAAUGUACCUGCAAGCCAGGUUUUACAGGAAAGAAGUGUGAGACAAAUAUUAAUGACUGUACUGGUGACAGCUGUAAGAAUGGAGGGUUCUGUUUUGAUGGUAUCAACAAGUUUCAGUGUCUCUGCAGUCCAGGCUUUGGGGGCAACAACUGUGAAAUAAACAUUGAUGAUUGUGCCAGGCAGCCAUGUAAAAACUCAGGCAACUGCACUGAUUUUGUAAGCAACUUCAAAUGCACUUGUUCACCAGGUUAUACUGGUAAACAAUGCGAUGUGGACAUUGACGACUGUGUCAAUCAAAAGUGUCACCAUGGGGGUUUAUGCAUUGACUUAGUAAAUGGUUUUAUCUGUAACUGUCCUCUGGGGUAUACAGGUGUACACUGUGAGAAAGACAUAGAUGAGUGUCAGUCACAGCCGUGUGUCAAUGGAACAUGCUUGGAGGAAGUUGGUAGUUAUAAAUGUGUCUGUCAAAGUGGCUUUACUGGAGACAAUUGUGAAGUCAAUGUUGAUGAUUGUGCCAGUUUCCCUUGUCACAAUGGAGGCAAAUGUUUUGACAUGGUAGACGACUAUCUCUGUGUCUGCCCUCUUGGGUUUAAAGGGAAAACUUGUGGAGUGAACAUUGAUGAUUGUUUGUGGCAGCCUUGUCAACACAAUGGAAGUAGAUGUGUGGAUGGCGUGAAUAGUUUUAGCUGCAUGUGUGCUCCUGGUUAUAAAGGUGUCAACUGUUCUAUAGAGGUGGAUAAGUGUGCUGUAACGCCCUGCCAGAAUAAUGGAACUUGCACCAAUGAGAUAUCUGAUUUCACUUGCUGGUGCCUAUCAGGCUUCAAAGGUGAGAAAAACAAUUGAAACUGCCCAAAUACUUAAAUGAACACAGCUUUUUUGUUUUUUUUUCUUUUCUCAAAUAGCAAUGUCAGUUUUCUCAGUUAUGAAACACGGACCUCGUUGAGAUCAGUCUAUGAGCCAAAUAUUUUCCUGUCCGACCUUCGCACUUAAUCAAUAAGAACUUAAUUCAACAAGUAAAAGGCUUUUCGGUAGUUUGUUCAAGGCAACAAUUUCUACAGUAAGACGGAGCGUACUACCAAACGGACCAUAGUGACGGAGGAGAGACUGGACCUAAGCCUCCCUUGUUUUUUUCACUCUCCGCUACUAUAGCGCUGUUUACUAUCAGGCUUCGCUCUACAAACUGAAUGCCUGGAACAGGCUAUAUUUUCUUGGAGAAGCAUGGCAUGCCCAUCUAGGUGUUAUUGAACCCCCUUUCCCCCCCCCCUCCCCCCCCGCUAGGGUUCGUACGGGUACUGGAAAACCUGGAAAGUCUUGGGAUUUAAUUUUGACAUUUCCCAAGACUGCGAAGUCCUGGAAAAAGUUCGGAGGUCCUGGAAAUCUGCUUAACUCAAGCAUUUAAGUUUUUAGAAUUAACGCUCUAACAAAUGUAUGUAGCCAUAAGGAGAAUUGAUUUUUAAAUCUGGGGAAUGUAAGGUUUAAGGUGAAAUUCGGAGUCCUCAAAAAGUCUUUGAAAUUUUAUGAAAAGGGUACGAACCCUGCUUCCCUUCCCUCCCCCUUUCUUUCCUUGGAUCUCAUAUUGAAAUAUGGCAUACACACUGUAUGAUUGAACGUGUUAAAAAUAAAUUCUAACUUCAGGUCGCUAUUGUGAAAUAAAGGAAACAGAUAACUGUGCGAGCUUUAUUUGCUUAAACGGUGGGAGAUGCCAUCGAACUGAAAAUGGCACAGGGUGCAUAUGUCCUAGAGGGUACCAUGGCAACCACUGUGAAAUCAAGAGUGACAGGUGCCAAUUAUCUUCUUGUCUCAACGGUGCCACUUGCUAUGACAAUGGAAAGGACCUGUUCUGCAAAUGUCCCGUGGGUUUUGUUGGAAAAAGAUGUGAAAAAGGUGAGUCGAUGAAAACGUGGUGGAAUUUAAAAAAACGACUGUCUCAUAGUUGUUCAUCAUUGUUGCCUCAGUUCCAUCGCUGAGUUAGUUGAACAGAUGUCAUAAACCUGACGUGAGAAAUCAAUAAACUUGUUUGCGGGAUCUCUAUGGAAAAAAAGAAAAUUCAUGUUCGCGGACGGUUUUAUCUAUUUUGAGAUUACAAUACUUCAUCUGAACACUGUAAAAGCCUUUGUUAGAGUAAUGGGACGAAUUAUCCCUCAUGCUCUUUGGGGAAGUUUUAUGGCAUUUAAUCAAGGAGAACGGCAAUGCACGAUUUUUCGAGUGACACCCCUGAUUCUAAGUGAGAGCAUUCAUAGGGGAUGAUUUCGAGCUUGCUUGCCGUGAUUUCGAUCGCAAAAACCAACAGACGGAAAUUUCUUGAAAGGAGAGAGUUAUUUAGGUAGAUUUUGGAAACCGAGUCAGGCAGGUUGAUGCAAUCUCGUAUAAAGACAUUGCAGGUGUACCAUACUGAUUUCGGUGUUAAAAAGUUCGUUGAUACUCUCUACCCGCUAAAUCAUUAUCGACGAAGCACUAAAUCGAUAAAACUUGAAGAAAGGGAAACUCGAGGAACCAAGUCACAGUUGGUUUUCUUUUGCAUUUGUUUGUUUCAGAGGGUUCCGUGCUUUUUUCUUGUGCAAUCAAAUAGCGAUUUAAAGGAAAACCAUUUUAAUUUCAGAUUACUAUCGACGCCCGGUAAAACGUGCACUAACUCACCUUUUGAACAAUCCGGGGCCUGGCAAUUUUAAAAUGUUCUGUCAGCCGCGGCCUCUAAGAGUGACCAGCAUCUAAUUUAAUCGCACAAUAUCACACGUGAAUCACGCAUUAAGGUCACAAUAAUAAAGGAAAUGGUCACCAACAACAGAACUACUUGAUUGUUAAACAAAUUCUCCUUGCCAGCACCUUAAGAAAUGUACAGAGAAUAGUAUGGAGAAUAUGCAUCCUGAUGUUCGAGUGUAAAGGGGUAAUUCCUCUCCUACACUCUUUCCCAAAGGUGGGUAGCGUCAUGUUCCAUGCAAUCAAUCAAAGACUAUUAACAUUAUCUUACAGCUUUUGACCACUGUAUUGCUCGAGUGGCUGAUAGCAACAUGACAUUUCCAUCCAACAUAUGUGGGCCACACGGAGCAUGCGUCAGUCGUCGCACUGGUUUCAUAUGCACGUGUUAUGCGGGUUACACAGGACUUCUUUGUCAGCACGGUAAGUUGGGUUGAUUAUCAAUCUGGUGCCUAGUACCCAUUGUUGUGGAGAGUGACGUCCUGACCCGAGGAAACACUUUGAUUUUUGUAACCUCAAAAGCAAAGUUCGAACACGAGCAAAUUUUUGAUGUAAUGGUUUUAUCUCUCUUGAUCUUCCACGGAGAUCUCGGUCAAGAAGGCGAGUGCGAGGCGAUUGGUAGACGAGCGCGAGGCGACUGGUAGACGAGCCCGAGAUGAUUGCUAGACCAGCGCGAGGCGAUUGCUAAGCGAGCGCAAAGGGCGAGUUGCGCGUAAUGCAAGAGCGCCAUUACAGCAGGAGUAUGGAUUUUUAUCCCAACUUUACGGUUUCCAAUUAGUAUAGGACUGAAUUGGGUUGUUGUUUGGCCAUUUUCUGUGUAAUGUGCCGUUUGUAAAAUUGAUUUUUUUAUUUGUUCUAGAAAUAAAUGAGUGUUUGUUAAAUCCUUG